CCUCGUCCAUCCUUCCCCUCUCUACCAUGGCACCGGUGCACUCGCGCCAUGGGGAGACCAAGGCGGAGAAGGCUCCCCGUCCUCCUCGCCGUAGGAGGUGGGAGCCGGAGCCCGUGGAGGAGCCACAGGUGGAAGAUGAGAACCUGGGGCCGAUACCAGAGCAGACCGAGGUGUGUCCCCCACUACCGGAGAUGGGCGGUCCGCCCUGCGCGCCCCGACAGAUCAACGUUGAGAGCAUCAAGGUUACGGCGCCAUUUGAUGUUGGAGGAUGUAGUAGCCAUGCGCUCACGCAUCGAUAUAACAAGCUGAUGAAGGGACAGAUGAAGAGAGCCAAGAAGAUUGGGCCUGGCGUUUUCUGCGAGAAGCCAAUUACGCCACACCACAAUCCGAGCAAUGCCAAAGGCAAGAAGCUCUUUCCGGUGGACGAGGCCAAUCCCAAGGGCCCCCAGACACUACGGUUGGAUCCUGUGUCUGGGCACAGUUACCACGCAAUCGAGCUUCGCAACAAGUCCAAGACAAAGAUGAGGGUUCAAUUGCUCGUCUGUGACUAUAACCUCUACAUUGUGGGCUUCAGAAGGUUUAAAGACAACAAGUGGUCAUCAUGGUACACAUGCUCCGACGUCCAUGUUCCACAGGAGUUCAAUGCCAUAAGCAUGGGCAUUGAUGGAGACCACCGCAUCAAGUCAAAAAUGGGGGGCGGCAAGUGCUUAAACUCCAUGUUCUUUGCUCUGGCUAAUUACCCUGAGAACACGGCAAACAAAGAUAAGCUGAGAAAGGCAUUUCUGAGAGCAGUUGUGUACUUCUCCGAGGCGCUGAGACUCUUUCCAGUGUACGAUGAGAUAAUAAAAAGGAUCUGGAAUGAUGCAAAUGAAACACUUCUGCCGGAUCAUUGCUGGCCUUCCAUCAAUGGCUGGGGAAACUUGGGUGAGUUUGCAUUGGUCACCGGAAAGAACAAAGGCAAGAUGAACAUGUACAAGUUUGUCAAAUAUGUGAGAUCCCGUGGCAUAGUAAGCUUCAGCGACCUGGUUGGCACAAGGAAGAGUGUACUGAUGCUGUUGAUGAGGGAGGAGGAUGCUCUGCUAGAUAGACAGUUGCCUCUUCAGCUGAGAGGGGUGAGUCGACCAGGCCACGAUGUCAAGGACAGGGGGUUUGAAUCAGAUUGAUGACCUAUGUUGAUGUCUUCCUGGCAAUUUGCUGCAGCUAGCGCUGAAGAUCACUUAGCUUAGUCAGCAGUUUUGGUUAGGUGCUCGGUCUAGUGUAGUGGAUGGCUACUACUUUCUAUCUGUUAUUUUAAGUUGUAUAAUGGUGUUUGGAUGCGGUGUAAAAGUUGCCACUUGCCACCUAUGAUGUGAACUAGACAAUAGUACAAGUGCUGAACUAAGACAAUAGCAGUACAAGCUGAUUCCCGAAGUAACAAAGCUCUUGAGCUGCCUAUGUUCUAAUUGAUCUGAGCUGGUGCAAACUUCUUAAA